AUGUUACGCCAGAGCACGCAAGUGAUCAUUCGGUAUGGAAACAGUCUUAGGGUUACACCAUCCAUCAGAUUCCUAUCAGCCGUUGCCCAACCAGUACAACAACCAGAGGCGGACAUACAGAAUACCUCAUUCGUAACCAAUAUUUUUCGUGGAAAUGUGGUCCCAACGCACGUCUUUCCCUACCCUGAGCCAGCAGAAGAACAAAAAGAAAUGAUACAUGAUCUGAUGAACCCCAUAUACCGAUUUCUCCGCUUUGAGCAUAAUCCAGCCGUGGCGGAAGAAAAUGGACGCGCGGAUCAAGAAACUCUUGAUGCAAUGUGGAAAAUGGGGAUCUUUGGAAUGACGGCUCCCGAAGAGUACGGAGGAUUAGGAGCGAACAGUACGACGUAUGUCACUUUUGCGGAUGCCAUCGGGGCGAUAGAUCUUGGACUCGGGGCAUAUAUUGGAGCUCAUCAGUGCAUCGGUUGGAAGGGUAUUCUUCUGCAUGGUACGGAGCAGCAAAAACACAAAUAUCUUCCAAGAGCUACCAAUGGAAAGACACUAGCGGCAUUCGCGUUAACUGAGCCGGGUGCAGGAUCGGAUAUAAGUUCAGUGAAAACUAGAGCAGUUAAGAGUUCCUGUGGUAUGUAUUAUACGUUGAACGGUUCAAAGCUUUGGAUUUCUGGUGGAAAUGAGGCUGGAAUUUUCACAGUUAUUGCUCAAACGGAAGUGCUGCACCCUGAAACAGGCGAAAAACAAGAUGCACUAACCGCGUUCAUAGUGGAGCGAGCGUUCGAAGGAGUGUCCACAGGAGAACCAGAGAAAAAGAUGGGAAUUGCUGCAUCAGGUACUGCUGCAAUUUACUUCGAUGAUGUUCGAGUUCCGAUUGAGAAUGUUCUCGGUGGUGAAGGGAAUGGAUUCAAGGUAGCGGUCACAACACUCAACAAUGGUCGAUUUGCUAUUGGAGGAUCGAUGUCUGGAAUGAUGAGAACUUGCAUCCAAAAGGCAGCGCAACAUGCCAACAAGAGGAUACAAUUUGGACGAAAGAUAAAGGAAUUUGGAAACGUUCAAGAGAAGCUGGCACGCAUGGCCAUGCUCCAAUACGUAUCCCAAUCAAUGACCUAUGUAAUUGUUGGAAACAUCGAUGCCGGUGUAUGUGAUAACCAACUGGAGAUGGCUAUAUCGAAGAUAUUUUCUACGGAGGCUGCUUUUUUCGUGUGCGAUGAAGCUAUUCAGAUUCUCGGUGGAAACGGUUACAUGAAAGAGAUGAGGCUAGAGAAGUUCCUCCGAGAUGUUAGAGUGUUUCGAAUUUUCGAAGGUGCAAAUGAUGUUAUGCGAAUGUUUAUCACUCUGAAGGGUAUUAAAUUUGCGGGGGAACAAUUAAAGGAACUUCAACAAGCGGUCGAAAACCCAACAGCUAAUCUGAGUUUGAUUUUAAAAGCAGGUUCACGACGAGUUGCGCGCAGUCUCGGCAUUCAGAAUGGAAUCGACUUGAGUGAAUACGUCGUUAAUCCUUUACAGGAAUCGGCCAGAAAGUUUUCGGAAAGCGUAAACAUCUUUGCGAAGUCGGUUGAAUCCAACUUAAUUCUUCACGGUAAAGGUAUUGUGCAGCAGCAGUUUACGCUGAAACGGUUGGCUGACUGUAUCAUUGAUAUCUAUGCCAUGGCCUGUGUGCUUUCGCGAGCAAGCAGGGCAAUUGAACGAAAGCUUCCAACUGCCGAACAUGAAUUUCUAAUGGCUGUUGCGUGGUGCACUGAGGCUAAUGAACGUGUCUGUUUCAACAUUAAACAAAUAAGCAAAGGACAUUUUCUCGAGCAUUGCAACAUCUUGACUCAGAUCGCAAAGAACGUUUGCGAUGGUGAGGGUGUUGUGCAGCCACUGCCACUUGAACUGCUUCGUGACAAUCCCAUCGUCGGAACUACAUGA